AUGAGCGGAUUAUCGAGGAUUCCACUGGAAAAUCAACCACACGACUGCGUAUUCUCGCCCAACUCGGAUAACGUCUACGUCGGUCUCCUCACUGGGGAAAUCAAGGGGUUCAGCUAUACGGAACAAGGUUACGAGAGGAAACUGCGAGUGAGGCCGAGCAAGAAAAGCUGUCGUGGAUUGGAUGUGAGUGGAGACGGGAACACGCUCUACGCAGUCUCUAAGGAUGGGUCGAUGAGUCACAUAGACGCAAUCACCGGACAGACAGCCGCACACACGCAGAAGGCACACGGCGAGCCCAUCAGUAGGGUCAAACUGACCAUGCCAAACCUCCUCGCUACUGGCGACGACGAAGGCGUAGUGAAGCUAUGGGACACGCGCAAACCCGAGCCACUGCGAGCAUACACGCACCACUUCGACUAUAUCUCAGAUUUCCACUAUGAAGAUGCUGAUAGAAAACUACUCUCUUCUUCAGCUGAUGGAACACUGAGCGUUAUUGACGUGCGCAAUAACAAACCAGAGCCUGUGGGGCAUAGCGAGGAUCAGGAGGAUGAGCUGCUCUCUAUUGCCCCACUCGCAGGUACAUCCAAGUACGCCGUCGGUACACAGCUGGGUGUCCUCUCCAUAUUUAAUAGCAAGCAGGGCUGGGGAGACUGUGUGGAUCGGAUACCAGGUCAUCCUCAGUCUAUUGACGCUCUCGUUAGCUUGGGCCAGUCUAUUCUUGCUACUGGCUCGUCUGAUGGUCUAAUUCGCGUCAUGAGCGUCUUGCCAACCAAAUUCAUGGGCGUUAUUGGCGAUCAUGGAGAGUUUCCAAUCGAGAGAAUGAAACUUAGCGGCGAUGGCAAGUGGCUCGCGUCCAUGUCGCAUAAUGAAGAACUCAUGAUGACUAGAGUCGAUGAUAUGUUUGAGGAUAGCGAUGGUGAGGAUGACAAGGAGGAUAUGGAGGGAGUAGAGGGUGUUCAGAGUGGUGAAGAUGCUGAAGAUGCUGAGGAUGCUGAGAACACAGCCACCGCUACAGCCACCGCACCAGACUCAGACUCAGAUUCAGACUCAGACACCCCACAACAACCACAGCCGAUCAAGAAGAGCAAGAAGAGCAAGCAGAAUAAGCAAUUUAUACAAGAUGAAGACUUUUUCGAUGGAUUGUAA